AUGGCUCAAGAUGACUGNACUGGUGCAACAAACCCUAUUUACAGAGACGAAUAUAGAAGAAUAUGCAAAAUUCAUUCAAAGAUGCCCACCAAACUUCUUCAUCACAUGCCUCAGAUAUUUCUCCCUUGGCACAGAUGGUAUUUGCUGGAAUUUGAAAAUUUUCUUCGUCAAAUUGACUGUCGAGUGACAAUUCCUUACUGGGACUGGAGCAAGGAUGCAAAGCAUUGGGCCAGAGCGACUGAGAUAGGCGAUAUUUGGAAUCCAGGCCUUCACGGUCUAGGAGGCGACGGAGAUAUGCCUAAUGGCUGCGUCAGAAAUGGGCCUUUUAAGGAAAGAAUUUUUGUCAUACCUGAAACGAAUGGGGAAGGAUGUUUGCAAAGAAAUUUCAAUCUUUCAUGCCCUCUUCCAAGUAAAGCAACGGUACAGAAGAUGAUAAACGAUGAAAAUUUCACCGCUUUUGAAAUCUUUAUUCGCAAUACAAUUCAUCCGACUUUUCAUGAUUGUGUCGGUGGCCACAUGCUAAAACACCAAACUGCUUCUUUCACUCCUGAGUUUUGGAUCCAUCAUAGCUUUAUAGAUAAACUCUGGACAGAUUGGCAGAUGAAGAGAGACAACCACACUUUUGAGUAUUUCACUGACGUUGCCUUUGAGAUGCCACUAAGUGGUCUGUUUCCAUGGGAACUGCUCGAUAAUCACAACUUACCCGCCGGGAUUAGAAUUACCUAUGAACAGCCAGGAAAUCACGUUCAAGACUUUCGGCUAAACAAUUUUGUAUGAAAACUACAUGCAUGCGAUCAAGUGUUCAAAUCAUGAAUGAAAAUAUGACAUAAAAACACGGCAUGAUUAAAAGGGAAAGAAAUGACAGAG